AGUCGCUUUGGAAUGUUCGUGAUGUGAGUUUUGCGCGUGGCAGUUUCAAUUCGUGCCACCGUACGCAGCACGUGUUCACGAACUGACAGACAUCAUGUCAAUUAACAGUGCGAGAAGGAAACGAUGCGACAAUUGUUUUUCGGGUUUAGUGCUGGCCAUAGUUGCCGCUUUGUGUGUUCAAGGGAUUGUAAGUCAAGAUUUAACAUGUUGCACGCAUGCUACGGGGUCUUGCAGAUCAGUAUGCGAAAAGAUUUCUUUAGUGCAAUUGGCAGCUGACAACAAUUUAAGGAACCAAACCGUUAAUGAGCUACAAAACUAUUGCCCAACACAAUUAGUUUCAUUCUGGGAAUGUCUCAACACAAUUUUCAAAGACAUGUCCAGGGGAGAGUCCUGGUCCGGCCGCGUCUGCUGCACGCUCCCCUACAGCGAGAGCUGCCGGCGGGCCUGCAUAACGGCAACGUCGCCUUUCGACCUCGCGCACGGUUGCCGUCACAGCGACGAGAUCCCGUUCUUCGGCUGCGUCGAGAAGCAGCGCAGCGGCGAGGAUUGCUGCAACCAAUCGCGGAACGCCGAGUGCCGAGAGGCCUGCUUCGACGUUUUCAGGAGCCAAAUGACGCCCACCAAGCCUCAGCGGCACAAAAUCAAGGAGUUCUGCGAGGAUUCCAGCCCCAGAGUUCACGAUUGCGUCAGGGAUCUCAUCAAGGUCACUCCUGUUAAUAACACCAGUAAACAUAUUCAUUGUUGCGAAAAAUCCAACAAAAUGCAAUGCAGAGAGACGUGUAGAGGCAUACUGAACACCAAGAACACCUUUCAGGAGAUUUUGGAUGGCCUUCAACUAGGAGGUUGUGGUACAAUGUCUCUACUGGAUUACUUCUGGCAGUGCUUUCUUCAACCCGACAUAGAACCAAUAUCAACCUCCGUGGAGAUAUCGCGAAUCGAUAGAGUUGGUAUGGACAGUGCCAAAUGGCACUGCUGUCAACGAGCCUCGACCUCCACAUGCAAAAACUUGUGCUCGAAAACAUUCACCAAAUAUUGGGCUACGCAUUGGGACGAAUUCUACACCAAAUGCCUCGGCCAGGUGCAGGAGGAAGGCCUCAGGAACUGCAUUGACGAAGUCGAGGAGCCUUGCGAGUUGGGCUGCGACGGUCUCAGCUUCUGCACGAACUUCAACAACCGUCCGACGGAGUUAUUCCGCAGCUGCAGAUCGGAAGCUGACGAAGCUGCGCGCAGCGAUGUAACCUUGUGGUUGAACGAGAACAACCUAACGCUACCUGGUCUUACGCUGCCUUUGAAAAGGGACGCUAAAUGCUCACCGGAUAUCUGGAAGACGGUGGCAUGUACGUUACAAAUUAAACCGUGUUCGAGAAGCUCGCAUGGAAAUCAGAUAUGUCGGGAGGAUUGCAUGGAGGUUUUGAGUGAGUGCGUUGAUUGGAGCACCUUGUACUCAAAUCCUAACUCGAAGAUUACCUUGCAAUUUUCUCCUGAGUCCAUUUGCCAGACGUUGUCCCCAGAUGACCCCAACGCGUCAUGUAUAAAACUCGCUGACUAUAAAAACCCUUCCGUAUAUAACUACCAAAGAAUCAACGGUUUGGUUACGAGUCCCUGCAAGGGGAAUCCUUGCGAGGAAGACGAAAUUUGCCUCGUCAAUAAGAACUGUAUUCAUGGUGCGAACUGUCAAGGGUACACUUGCGUUCCUGGCUGCAAACUGGGCGAAGUUUCCGACUAUAUGGUACCGGACGGUACCUAUAUACGCAUACCAAUACCCAACAAACCGGGCUAUCUGAAAAUAUGUAGGUGCAACAAGAACAAAAUCGGGAAUUGUCAGCCUCUACCGCGCGUCAACUUCACGCCCUGCUUGUUGGGCAACAGACAGCAACUUCACGAGAGUUACUUCAACAUAGAUUGCAAUUUUUGUACGUGCUACGCUGGGGAGAUUAUUUGCAGCAAAAAACAAUGUGAAGAUGGAGCUUUAGGUGGUAGAAACGCUGCUUUCACUACACUACCUUGUAACUGCCCUCCACAUUACAUACCAGUAUGUGGAAGGAAUGGUAUAACCUACCCAUCGGCGUGUCUAGCGAAAUGUGCAGGUCUUACAGAUUCGGAUAUAGAAGAGCAUUAUCCUUGCCAGAAUCCUUGUCGGCCAAACUUGUGCCCGGUAGGCCAAAAAUGCGUUCCCCAUCCACAAGUGUGCCUCAGCUUGGUGCACAAACCGUGUAUCCAGCAUGAAUGCAUAAAUGGUACAGCGAAUUGCUCCCACAUUCCAAAGGACCCAGUGUGCGAUAUAGAAAACAACGAAUACCAGAACUCUUGCCUCCUAGCUCACAACAACGCCAAGUUGGCUUACAGAGGCCCCUGUUUGAACAAAUGCCGCUUCAAGGGGCAAGUCUGCGGUAUAAACGGCAGAACGUACAUAUCAGAAUGCGCCGCGUAUGCCGAUUUCGUGUCGAUAGACUACGACGGCGCCUGUGUGGCUGUGGGACUAAUAACCGACGAGAAAUCGAGGAGGUGCGCCAAUGUGAAGUGUCCGAAGUUGUUCGAUGAGAAUUGUUACGGUAUCACCCCGCCUGGGGCGUGCUGCCCCAUUUGCGGGGGCGCCUUGCGGAUCUUAUACUCCAGAAAGCAAAUAGACCGCGGGUUGUACGCCUUGCAGAACCAAUUUUUUAAACCGCUAAACUUGCAGUCCACCCUCAAGGCACUGGAGAGGCAGGUGCAGUCCGCGCAGUGCGUUCUUAGAGGGUACGUCAGCAUCGAGUUGGAUCUGUUUGUUUCUGUCGGGACCACGGAAAAACGCCCCUCCGACAUUCAAAUGGAGGCCUGUGUGCGGGAAGCGGAGAAAAUCGCCAACCUCAUCAACAACCACAGCCCGAGGAUCGAGAGCGAGUUAAGUCUGAGUUCUUUGACGUCGGCGACUAUAAUCCACACCCAGGCCACUUCAGCGGGGGUGAGUGUGGUAAAUUGUGGGGUAUUUUGGAGUUUUGUUGUUGGUAUUUUGUUGACUUCUUUAUAGGAUGUGUAAACCAAAGUUGUACAUAAGUUAGGCCAGUUGAAAGUUGUACAAUUUAAAGAUUUGCCUGUGAUAUACUUUUAGGAUUAAAAAGUUUGUUUUGUAUCUUUUUGUGUUUUAUGUGCCAAAGAAUUAUUAUAUAUAUAUACUUGUAAAUAAAUAAUAUAAAGUGCCUUGAAAUUAACAAUAAGACUGGGUCUUCUAUUCUAUAGUUUUAACACAAUACGAAUGUGUACCUACUAGUCUUAAAUAUUUAUUACAAUAAAAUUAUCCACCA